AUGACAAUAGUUAAAGUGAAAUAUAGAAUAAACAGGUUUACCUACCCUAAUAUAAUUUUUAUAAUUACAUUUCCUCUUGGAUUGUUCUUAAUUGGUAUUUUAUUGCACAAUUGUUAUAAAACUAGUAUGGCUGAGGGAAAGUUGGUAAACAAUUGUGUAUUAUGGAUGCAUUGGAUUUGGAAUCAUAUCAGAAAUUUUGUAACUUUUAAAUUCAUCACAAAAAUUGAAGAACCCUUCAUUGUAUGUUAUUACACAAUUGAAGAUAAUAUUAAUUAUAUCUCAUUAAUACCAAAUUAUAUUAAUCCUUAUCUUUGUACACAUAUUAUUAUUGGAUUUGCUUCAGUAUAUAAUUGCAUGAUUGAUUUGGGAAAUAAUUUAAAUGUUUAUAAAGAUGUAGUAAAGUUAAAGAAGAUUCAUCCUAAUUUAAAAGUUAUGGUCAGUGUUGAUAACAAUAAUAACUCUGAUUUUCAAGACAUGGUAUUAAAUCAUAGCCACAGAAAAAUAUUCAUUCAAUCAGUUUUAAAUGUAACAAAAAUAUUUAACUUAGAUGGAUUAGAUUUAGAUUGGGAAUUUCCUGCAUGGGCUAUUAAACCCAGUCAUGAAAAAAUUCAUUUUGCACAAUUGAUAUAUGAAUUAAGAAAAGAAUUUGAUCAUAGUGGUCAAAAGUUAAUUCUUUCAGCUGCAGUUGCAGCUCCUCGAGCACUUAUCGAUCAGUGUUAUGAAGUUCCAACAAUUGCAGAGCAUAUUGAUUUUGUUAAUUUGAUGUCUUAUGAUUACCACUUUUAUGUAUGGUAUUAUCCAGUUACGGAUUUUAAUUCUCCAUUGUAUCCACAUUUUUUGGAAACAGGGUAUUUAACAUCCUUAAAUGUCAAUUUCUCUGCAAACUAUUGGGUGUUGAAGGGAAUGCCCCGAAAAAAAAUUGUCAUUGGAAUUCCUUUGUAUGGUCAUAGUUACAAAUUAUAUAAUCCUUCAAAUCACAAAAUUCAAGCACCAGCUAGUGGUUAUGGUGAUGUAGGUUAUUUAGGCUAUGCUUCAUAUCCACAAGUUUGCCUAUUUUUAAAAAAUGGAGCAGUAAGAGUUUUUGUUAAUGAUAGUCAUGUACCAUAUGCAUAUAAAGAUAAUGAAUGGAUUUCGUAUGAUGAUAUUUCAAGUAUUAGUUCUAAGGCAAAAUGGAUUAAAACAAAUGGUUUUAAAGGUGCCAUGGUAUACUCCUUGAAUAUGGAUGAUUGGAAUUCUACAUGUUCAUCAAAUUACACAUUUCCUUUAACAAAUACAAUAAAAGAUAUUUUUAUCAAAAAAUAAAAAUUUUAUUUAAAAAUUGUAGUCAAG